AUGGCAGACCAAGCCAACAUUCACGAAGAAGGAAACCCUCUCGGUGGAGACAACGCUAACGCCCCAACAGAACAAGGAGGAGGAACUCCUGGAGAAAGCACUGGAACUGUAGCCGGCCAAACCCCCGCAGCCGUAGGAGGUUAUGGAACCGAACUACUGCUCCAAGUGUUCAAUGCUCAGUUUGAGGCCAUCAACAAAAGAAGCGAGGAGCGCUUCAGUCAGAUGGCGGCACAGAUCGCCGAGCUCAGUCAAGCACGAACUCCUCUUCGAGUUCGGAACAUCAUAGACGAUCUUAAUACUGACGGAGAUCCAUCCGGAACUAUGAGGUCUGCCGCAGUCGGGUCAGCGAAUGCACCAGCGUCGGAUUUAAGCCGAGACGCCGAGUUUGAAGCAAUGAAGGCACAGCUUCACGAUAUCACCUCAAAAAUACACCAAGCCACGAGCGCGGCUCCGGAAAUCGAGCGCGUCAUUCAGGAGACGCAGAAGACACCCUUCACACCGCGCGUAGCAGGGACGCCGGUCAAGCACAUGGAGAAACUAAAGAUAAAAAUCUACGAAGGUAACUCUGACCCCCGACACUUUUUGACAUCGUUCGGCAUCUGCAUGAACCGAUACCAAUUCAAGUCCGCCGAAGAAAGAGACGCGGUUCAGUGCCAACUGUUUGUGGAAAGUCUGGGAGGAGUAGCCCUCGACUGGUUCUCGCGACUCGAAGCCAAUUCAAUCGACAACUACAAGGAAUUAACGACGGCUUUCGUCAAACACUUCUCCAUGUUCAUUGGACAGAACACCAAGAACUCCGAGCUCUGGCAAAUAGCCCAAGGACCAAGCGAGAGCCUCCGUGAUUUCAUCAAGCGCUUCAAGACGAUCGUCGCCAAUUGUACGAUUAGCGACGAAGCCGCUCUCUUAUGUCUUCAGAAAGGAGCUUGGAUAAAGACUAGCUUCCGGAGCGCGAUCACUCAUAACCCUCCACAGACAUUAGAAGACGCGUUGCACCGAGCUAAUACCUACAUUGCCGAAGAGGAAGAAGAAGCCGCUUACGAGCAGAGUUAUUCAACAAAGCAACCCAAACGUCCAAAAACCGCAACUAAUGAGCCGCAAUCAGGAUACGGUCGAGGGUAUGAGAAUCGCAAGAAGUUCUAUGCUAAUGCAAUCCAACAACCGAACAAACAAUGGAACAAUAAGUGGGUCCGUGGCGAAGAAGAUCAAGACGAAUCAUUGUUCUGCGAGUUCCAUAACCGUAGAGGCCACAGCACCAAAGAAUGCAGACAUCUGCGAGAAUACCUACUCGGCCUAUAUCGAAAGGAACCAAUCUCGGUCGAUGAUCUCCGACGUUCGAACGUGUCUAAGAGCGGCGGGCAACUUUCAAUUGACGAUCUCCGUCGUUCACAUAUGCCUCGACCAAACAAUGAACAGCUUGAGAAAGCACUCGCCAAAGAUCCACCAACUCCACCGGCUUUACCGACACUACCACCGCCACCACCGAAUCCACCUGUUUUGCCCGAGCAACAGAAACGGAAUCGUGAUGACCGAGCACCAGAGAAUCACGCUCCUAAGGCGCGGAAACGCGUCAACAUGAUAAUGGGGGCCAUCGAAGCUUGCAGUUAUUCGGUCCGAGCCAUCAAAGAGUACAGCAGACAGGCCGCCAGCGCGCCCAAAGCCCCGCAUGAUCCGCCGAAGGGAACGCCCUUGGUAUUUACCGAGGCCGAUACAAUCGGGCUGCAUAAACCACAUAACGACGCUCUCGUUGUCGAGCUGCUCCUCGAUGACGUCAAAGUUAGCCGCAUUCUGGUCGAUACGGGCAGCUCGGUUAACGUUAUCUUCAAGGAAGCACUUGACCAACUCGAGUUGGCAUCAGAUAGGAUUGAACCGUUUAUCGAACCACUUACCGGAUUCGAUGGAGAACGUUGUAUGACGGUCGGCAUGGUCAACAUUCCAAUCUACGUCGGCGGAGUCGCAAAGAUUAUCCAGUUCCUUAUCCUCGAUAAACCGGCGAUCUACAACGCUAUUCUCGGAACACCUUGGCUACACGCAAUGAAAGCAGUCGCCUCGACGUACCAUCAAUGCCUAAAGUUCCCGACUCCCGACGGUGUUUACACUCUCCGAGGAAACCAAGCCGUUGCUCGAUCAUGCUACAUAAACGAGUGCAGAUAUCAUUCGGCCAACCAAGCCUGUGUUAUUAGCUCGUUAGGACCGACUGACAAGCUCAUCGUCCAGAAUACAAAACCUAAACAAGAGUCGAUCGUUCAAGUUUGCAUCGACGAACUAAGGCCAGAAUGUCAAGUCGGAAUCGACGCCGAGCUCGACCCAGUCAUCCGCGAGCCACUCAUUCACUUUCUGAAACAGCAUUCAUCGACCUUCGCUAGGUCGGCAGAAGAUAUGCCCGGGAUUGAUCCACAUAUCGCGUGUCACGAGCUCAACAUUGAUCCAACGUAUAAGCCAAUCAAGCAGAAACGCCGAAAGCUCGGACCAGAGAAAGCACAAGCCGUGAACGAUGAGGUCGAGCAUUUACUCAAAGCCGGAUCCAUCACCGAAGUCAAAUACCCUGAUUGGUUAGCAAACCCCGUGGUCGUAAAGAAGAAGAAUGGUAAAUGGAGGAUCUGCGUCAACUUUACCGACCUCAAUAAGGCGUGUCCGAAAUAUAGCUUUCCGUUGCCUCAUAUCGAUCGCCUCGUGGAAGCAACUGCCGGGAACGAACUACUCUCGUUUAUGGACGCGUUCUCUGGGUACAAUCAGAUUCUAAUGCACCCGCAAGAUCGGGAGAAGACAUCGUUCAUCACGGAUCGUGGCAUCUACUGCUACAAGGUCAUGCCCUUUGGCCUGAAAAAUGCUGGAGCAACGUAUCAACGACUGGUAAACCGGAUGUUCGCAAGCCAGCUCGGGCGAACUAUGGAAGUUUACAUCGAUGAUAUGCUCGUAAAGUCACUCGUCGCCUCCGAUCAUGUCGGCCAUCUUCGCACAUGUUUUGAUAUCUUGGAUCAGUAUGGUAUGAAGCUAAAUCCAACUAAGUGUACGUUCGGCGUGACAUCUGGAGAGUUCCUCGGAUACAUUGUUACAUGGCGAGGCAUUGAAGCUAAUCCAAAGCAGAUCGCCGCUAUUCUCGAGCUCCCGUCACCAACAACCAAACGUGAAGUUCAGCGACUUACCGAACGGAUCGCAGCACUUAAUCGAUUCAUAUCCAGAUCGACGGAUAAGUGCUUACCUUUCUACCAACUUCUUCGCGGUAACAAGCAUUUCGAAUGGAAUGAGAAGUGUGAGGAAGCCUUCGCCGAGCUAAAGAAAUACUUGUCCACUCCUUCAGUUUUAUCCAAACCAGAAACCGGCGAGACACUUUAUCUUUACAUCGCGAUUUCAGAAUUCGCAGUCAGCAGUGUUCUCGUUCGAGAAGAUCGCGGCGAACAGAAGCCAAUUUUCUACACAAGCAAGUCCCUCGAUGGAUCGGAGUAUCGCUAUCCGACUUUGGAGAAAUUCGCCUUUGUCGUGGUCAUUUCAGCACGGAAGCUACACCCGUACUUCCAGUCUCACGCGAUCGUGGUCCUAACCAAUUACCCUCUUCGUACUUUCCUUCAUAGCCCAAGUCAGUCCGGACGACUCGCUAAGUGGGCUAUCGAACUCAGUGAAUAUGACAUCGAAUACCGCGGCAGAACAGCAACGAAGUCUCAAGUCCUAGCAGAUUUCUUGGUCGAACUCCCACCGGAGCUCGUCGAAGAUAAGCCGGUCGUACAACCCUGGAUUCUUCACGCCGAUGGUUCAUCGUCCCAUAAAGGAUCCGGAGUCGGAAUUCGUCUAAAAUCACCCGAAGGAGAAGUUAUCGAGCAGUCGUUUCGUCUCGGCUUCCCAGCAUCCAACAACGAAGCCGAGUACGAAGCAUUGAUUGCCGGACUACAACUAGCCAAAGGCAUCGGCGCCGAGAACGUACACGCCUACUGCGACUCUCAACUCGUGGCUAACCAGUUUCACGGCGAAUACGAGGCCAAGAACGACCGCAUAGACGCAUACCUCAAAGUCCUUAAGGAUGUCGCUUCGGAGUUCUCUACCUUCGAGCUUACAAAGAUACCCCGAGAUGAGAAUGCAACCGCCGACGCCUUAGCCGCUCUCGCGACUAAUUCCGAUCCUGACCUUCGGCGAACCAUCCCAAUUGCGGCAAUUGAGCGACCAAGUAUCGAGCCCGCUCCGAACUGCAAUAUCAUUACAUGA